CUUCUCUUUCCAUCUCUUUCGUUACUCUGUCUGACUCCAAAAUUCAUCAUUUCCUUUGGCUCACACCGACACCGAUACUCGUGCUCAGUGAGGGAGAUCGAGAGGGAGAGGCGACGAAGAAGAAGAUGGAGACGAAGCCGAGCGAGAUAAGCAGCUCGAAGAUGUUUGGGGGUUACAACAGGAGAUACAAGCACUUCAGCCCAACCCUCGGUUGCUCCAUGAACUUCCACAUCUACUUCCCUCCUCCUCCUUCCCCUUCCCACAAAUUCCCUGUGCUGUACUGGUUGUCUGGGCUUACGUGCACGGACGAGAAUUUCAUUGCGAAAUCCGGAGCUCAGCGUGCUGCUUCGAAUGAGGGCAUUGCCCUGAUUGUGCCUGAUACGUCUCCAAGAGGCCUGAAUGUGGAAGGAGAAGCAGACAGCUGGGAUUUUGGUGUAGGUGCUGGGUUUUAUCUUAAUGCUACCCAAGAAAAGUGGAAGAACUGGCGUAUGUACGAUUACAUUGUCAAGGAACUGCCCAAACUUCUAGCCGAGAAUUUCCCACAGCUUGAUACAGCGAAGGCAUCUAUAUUUGGUCAUUCGAUGGGAGGACAUGGUGCUCUUACCAUCUACCUAAAAAAUCUUGACAAAUAUAAGUCGGUCUCUGCCUUUGCUCCAAUUGUGAAUCCUAUAAACUGUGCAUGGGGCCAGAAGGCUUUUACCAACUAUUUAGGUGAAAGUAAAGCUGACUGGGAGGAAUAUGAUGCCACUUGCCUAGUUGCAAAGUUCCAUGAUGUGUCUACUACUAUUCUGAUUGAUCAAGGGGAAGAUGACAAAUUUCUGCACGAUGAACUGUUGCCCAACAAGUUCCCGGAAGCUUGCAAGAAACAUGGAGUCCCUGUUCUUUUGCGGUUCCAGCCGGGUUAUGAUCAUUCCUACUUCUUUAUUGCCACCUUUAUUGACGAUCACAUCCUCCAUCAUGCCAAAGCCCUCAACCUGUAGUUUUCAGGCCUAGCGGCCUACAGGAAUACAUAAUUAUCUCCAUCUCAUGCUGGAACCGGGGUACUCAUCUUGUUGAAGUGGCUUUUUGCUCCAUACCCUGUUUUAUGAAGUUGCAAGUGAUGCCUGUCAUAUGAUGUUGGUAUAAGAGUUAGGUGGCUUGCUGAAACAGAAGUACUCUAGUUUCCAUUGUGAAUAUGCUUGUCGUAAUUUCGGAGAGCAGCUGAUUCCAUUUGAAGUUUGAUGAGAACGCUCCAACAAUAAAUGUUCUGAACGAAAC